GAUGAAAAGAUCAUAAUAUAUAAAAAUCCGUCAAAAAAUUCUUUUCUCUUCUCUCUGAAAUAUAUACUUAUAUUUUUCAAAUAUUUGAAUUAUGUCAGAAAAAAUAGAAAGUGAUCAGAUAAAAGCUGAAAAUUUCGAAAAAAAUUCUAUCAGCAAGAAACGUUUCUCUACGGAGUUAAAUGACGAAAAGGAAGAAUAUAACGGAAGCGAGAAAAAUAUAGACAUUGAUGAACAUUUGUAUAAACCCGAAGAAAUUGCCAAGCGAUAUCGCGUUGAUAUUGAUACCUAUAAACCUGCGGAGUCGCGAGGGCUGAGUACGAAAGAAGUUGAAAAAUUAAUGAAAGAUGGUCCAAAUGUUCUCACACCUCCUCCCAAGAAACAUCCAUUUUUGAAAUACCUUGAGUGCUUAAGUAAUUUAUUUAAUAUAUUAUUAAUGAUUUCGGGUGCUUUUACGCUCAUUGUACUCGCUAUUGAUUAUAAGAAUAAUCAAUCUAAUACUUACCUUGGAGCUAUUUUAUUUGGCGUAGCUUUUUUAAAUGCUUAUAUACAAUAUUAUCAGAUGAAGAAAUCUGCCUCAAUUUUAGAAUCAUUUUUGCAUAUGAUUCCACAAAAAUGUCAUGUUCUUAGGGAAAGUAAACUCUUACAAAUCGAAGCAUCUAAUUUGGUUCCUGGUGACAUAGUUUUUGUUAAGAUGGGAGAUAAAGUUCCUGCCGAUUUGUUCAUGUUCACCGCAGUCGAUAUGAAAGUAGAUAAUUCAACCCUUACUGGUGAAUCGGAACCACAAGAAAGGGUAAAGACAACAAGCACCAAUAAGAACCCAUUGGAGGCUUCUAAUCUUUGCUUUAGCGGUACAAUUGUUGUAUCGGGUGAAGGUUAUGGCAUUGUUAUCAGAACUGGCGAUUCUACCGUAUUGGGCCAAGUUGCCGGUCUUACUACAAGAGAAGGAAAGAAUGUAUCUCCUUUAGCACAAGAAACUAAUAAAUUUGUAAAAAUCAUAACAGUGAUUGCCACUUUAUGUGCUAUAAUUUUUUUUGGUGCUAGUUUUGCGAUAGUUAACAAUUUCGCUCUCAAUUUGAGUUUUGCUAUAGCUAUACUUGUUGCAUGGGUUCCUCAAGGGUUGCCGGCAACUGUCACUAUUCUUUUAACUAUAGCAGCAAAAAGAAUGGCAGCACAAAAUGUUCUUGUCAAGGAUCUUGAGGCUGUCGAAACACUAGGAGCAAUUACUCUUUUAGCUACAGAUAAAACUGGUACUUUAACUCGAAACAAAAUGACUGUGGCUCAUAUUUGGUCUUCCUUAAAUGUAUAUUCCUUACAUCAAAACGCACAAUCUGAGAAUGCUCUUCCUUUUGAUCCAAAUGCACCCGGUAUCCAAGAGAUCAUUCAUAUAGCUUCAUUAUGCUCCCGAGUUAAGUUUAAUCGUACCGACAUUCCAUUUUCUGAACGUGAAAUUUUUGGUGACGCCACCGAAACUGGGUUAUUACGCUUUGCAGCUCAAAACGUAAAUGAUUAUGACGUCCUUGUCAAUAACUAUCCAAAAAUUUUUGAAAUUCCUUUCAACUCUGAAACAAAAUGGGCAUUAACAAUUCACAAAAAGAAGCAUGAUAAUGGAGAGUUAACUUUAUACAUUAAAGGAGCACCUGAACGAGUACUAAAUCUUUGCUCUACAAUAUUAUCAGGGAAAGAUGUUAUACUUUUAGCCGAUGAACAUAGAAAAAAAUACGAUGAGGCAUAUGAAUAUAUGGCUUCAAAAGGACAUAGAGUUUUGGCUCUUGCACAAUUAUUAUUAUCAAGUGAACAAUAUCCUGAAAACUUUAAAUUCGAAAAAGAAAAAAAUAAUUAUCCGUUGGGAGGUUAUUGUUUUAUUGGAUUAUGUUCAUUAGAAGAUCCUCCAAAACAUGGUGUUCGUGAAGCUAUUGGAAUUUGUCGUGAAGCCGGUAUUCGGGUAAUUAUGGUGACAGGCGAUCAUCCCUUAACCGCUGAAUCUAUUGCUCGCAGAACUAAUAUAAUGACAUCAGAUACCAAAUCAAUCAUUGCUAAAAAAUCUGAUAGACCUAUUGAAUCAAUUGGAGAUAAUGAAUAUCAUGCCAUUGUUAUUCAUGGUGAAGAAAUAGAUUCUUUAAGCGAAGAAGAUUGGGAUAAAAUCUUUUCUAAACAAGAAAUUAUAUUUGCGCGUACUUCUCCUCGUCAUAAACUUGAUAUUGUCAAACGUGCACAAUCCAUGGGUCAUAUUGUUGGAGUAACUGGCGAUGGUGUGAACGAUUCGCCUGCUUUAAAGAAAGCAGAUUUAGGGAUUUCCAUGAAUAAAUCCGGAUCUGAUGUUUCCAAGGAGGCAGCAUCUAUGAUUUUAAUUGAUGAUAACUUUGCAUCUGUAGUAAAGGGUAUUGCAGAAGGUCGCCUCAUUUUUACAAAUCUUAAAAAGUCAAUCCAAUACACGCUAUCUCAUAUAACUCCUGAAGUUGUAGUUUCAUUGUUAUAUAUAACUGUACCACUCCCAUUACCUCUGUCACCACUUCUUGUGUUGAUAACGGAUUUAGGUUAUGAAUUAUUUGUAGUUCUUUCAUAUGCUUGGGACCAACCAGAAAGCAAAAAGGAUCUUAUGAAAAUACACCCUAGAAAACCUGUCACUCCUAAAUCAGUAGAACGUUUACGUCUCAAUGCUCUUAACCGUACACCAUCUAUCGCUGACCUGGAAACUGGUCAACCUGUAACUCCUUCCAAAAUCUCAUUAUUUUUACGUUCGCUAAAAAAACCUUUUACGGCAAGAUGGUGGCUAAAACUAUUAAAGGGUACUGAAGGGGAAGUGUUAGUUGACGGUACCAUUCUCAGCUGGGCAUAUUUAGAAGUUGGUAUUAUAGAAUCUAUCGGCUGUAUUGUUGCAUACUUCGCCGUAUUAAAUUAUAAUGGUAUUACUCCAUACGAUGCACGAAAUAUGCAAACUUUAGCAUCUGAAAAAAAUUAUUUCACUUCAAAUGCGGAGUCUUACGUGAAUGUUUAUAAUCAGGAGAUAACUAAGGAGGAUCAAAUAAGAGCAGCCGCUGAAGCAGAAUCUAUCGUAUAUUUAUCUAUUAUGAUUCAACAAGUGUUUAAUCUAUUUGCCUGUAAAGCUCAACAUCGGCUCCCGUUUGGCAAAUUUAUGUUCACAAACCCUCGUAAUUUUAUUGGAGUAUUUCUUGGUUUUACAUUUGCUAUAUGUGUUGUAUAUAUUCCACCGCUUAAUAUUGCAUUUUUAACAAGUCAUACGCUUAAUCCAAAGUUCCUGUUAAUACCAGCUGGAUUUGGCGUAUUAAUUUUAAUUUAUACCUGCAUUAGAGUACUUAACCUGAGAAAGUGGUAUCCUAAAAAACUAAAUCAUGAAAAAUUAGCAUUAGAUUUGCAUGAAACCGUAUAUUCGAUCUAGUAAAAAAAAAAAUAACUUAUAGCUUAGUGUUUUUAGUAUAACUGUUAUAUUUGUUGAUCAAUGUUAUGAUGUAAUCAAAAAAAAUAAAGAUCUUUCAAUUGCGCAAUACAUCAAUGAUUUUCGUUUUUAGCCUCGUUUGGAAUGUUGAAAUUUUUUUCAGUCGCACAGUCUAUUGUAGCAGGUGAGAUGGAGUCUGGUCCCAGUACAGUGCUAAAACAGGUGUUGAAUACGUUACACCAAUAAUAAACUGUAUACAAUAUUUCAAUAGUACGACCUUUUAUUAAAAUAAAAAUUUUUAAAAAAGCA